GAGGGGGCCUGUCCCGGAGGUGGCGGCGGCGCCAUCUUGGCGAAGGGGGGAUCAGGAAGUGCGGACCGCGGCGGCGGCGGAGCCCGGAGCGGAGGCCGGAGGCUCCCGGCCCGCCGGCCCCGGAGCGGAGCGGAGCGGAGGAUGCAGCAGCCGCAGCCGCAGGGGCAGCAGCAGCAGCCGGGGCCGGGGCAGCAGCUGGGGGUCCAGGGGGCGGCGCCGGGGGCCGGGGGCGGCCCGGGAGGGGGCCCGGGGCCGGGGCCCUGCCUGAGGCGAGAGCUGAAGCUGCUCGAGUCCAUCUUCCACCGCGGCCACGAGCGCUUCCGCAUUGCCAGCGCCUGCCUGGACGAGCUGAGCUGCGAGUUCCUGCUGGCCGGAGCCGGAGGGGCCGGGGCCGCGCCCGGACCCCAUCUCCCCUCCCGGGGGUCGGUACCGGGGGACCCCGUCCGCAUCCACUGCAACAUCACGGAAUCCUACCCUGCUGUGCCCCCGAUCUGGUCGGUGGAGUCUGAUGACCCUAACUUGGCUGCUGUCUUGGAGAGGCUGGUGGACAUAAAGAAAGGGAAUACUUUGCUUUUGCAGCAUCUGAAGAGGAUCAUCUCCGAUCUGUGUAAACUCUACAACCUCCCUCAGCAUCCUGAUGUGGAAAUGCUGGAUCAGCCCUUGCCAGCAGAGCAGUGCACGCAGGAAGAAGUGUCUUCAGAAGAUGAAGAUGAGGAGAUGCCUGAGGACACAGAAGACCUAGAUCACUAUGAAAUGAAAGAGGAAGAGCCAGCGGAGGGCAAGAAAUCAGAAGACGAUGGCAUCGGAAAAGAAAACCUGGCCAUCCUAGAGAAAAUUAAAAAGAACCAGAGGCAAGAUUACUUAAAUGGUGCAGUGUCUGGCUCGGUGCAGGCCACUGACCGGCUGAUGAAGGAGCUCAGGGACAUAUACCGAUCACAGAGUUUCAAAGGCGGAAACUAUGCAGUCGAACUCGUGAAUGACAGUCUCUAUGACUGGAAUGUCAAACUCCUCAAAGUUGACCAGGACAGUGCUUUGCACAAUGAUCUCCAGAUCCUGAAGGAGAAGGAAGGAGCAGACUUCAUCCUACUUAAUUUCUCCUUUAAAGAUAACUUCCCCUUUGACCCACCGUUCGUCAGGGUUGUGUCUCCAGUCCUCUCUGGAGGGUAUGUGCUGGGUGGAGGUGCCAUCUGCAUGGAACUUCUCACCAAGCAGGGCUGGAGCAGUGCUUACUCCAUAGAGUCCGUGAUCAUGCAGAUCAGCGCCACGCUGGUGAAGGGAAAGGCACGGGUGCAGUUUGGAGCCAACAAAUCUCAGUACAGCCUAACAAGAGCACAGCAGUCCUACAAGUCUUUGGUGCAGAUCCACGAAAAAAAUGGCUGGUACACACCCCCAAAGGAAGAUGGCUAACCCUGGAGUAUCAUCCCUUCCUCCUCCCCCAGGCACCACUGGACCAAUUACCUUUGAAUGCUGUAUUUGGAUCUCACGCUGCCUCUGGUUCCCUCCCUCAUUUUUCCUGGACGUGAUAGCUCUGCCUAUUGCAGGACAAUGAUGGCUAUUCUAAACGCUAAGGAAAAACAACCACCAACCACACACUGAACUGUUUCAAGUACUCAAGACUGACUACAGACCAACCACCUUGCUGGAACCCUUGCUAGCAGGCAUUCUUAUAAAGAAACUCUCAAGCCUCCUUACGUUGCUGGAAACUCAGCUGUGCUCCAGACUAGAGCCUCCUUACCUAUGCUAUGGGUUUUUAAUUUAUUUUCUCUUAUUUCAUGUACACUGCUUUUUUUGGUUACAGUGUAUGAUGGAUGUGUAUGGAAAAAAAAUGUAUCUUUGGGAAAACAAUUACAGUUUGUUAAUUUGAA